AUAGUGAGUGAAACCAUGAACUAUGUGGGCCAGUUGGCGGAGACGGUGUAUGUGACAGUGAAGGACCUGUACGAGGGCCUGAACCCUGCCACACUCUCUGGUGGCAUUGAUGUGCUAGUUGUGAGACAACCCGAUGGCUCCUUCCUCUGCUCCCCUUUCCAUGUUCGUUUCGGCAAGCUGGAUGUCCUUCGAUCCCGUGAGAAGGUGGUUGACAUUGAAAUUAAUGGGGAGCCUGUGGACCUGCAAAUGAAAUUAGGGGACAAUGGAGAAGCCUUCUUUGUUCAGCAGCUGGAGAAUAGUGAGGAAGAGGUCCCCAUCAGCCUGCGUACCUCACCUAUCCCUAUGGGGAGCUUGAAUGAGAUCCAGAAAGACCAUCUGCUGGACCUCAUUGAGGGUGGCAACAAACAGACAGCACGCACAAUCAUCUCCCAUCGGAAGAAGAGGCGCCGUCGGAAGAAGGUCAAGAAGAAGGAGAAAAUAAUAACACCAACAGAAAAUACGAGUUCUGAGGAGCUGGAAGAAAUAGAACCUGAGAUAUCCUUACACGUGAAAGAGGCCACAGAUUUGUCCUCAACCUCUUUCCACACUGUGGAUAAUGUCACUGAACAGUCCAAAGAUUCAUUUCCCUUUGUAGAUGAGGAAUGCCCAGAGAAGGAGAGCUGCUCUGACAGUCUGUCCUCAGAAUAUCUAACAAGCUUCAAGAGUGAAUCUGAGAUGGAGUUAAGAUCCCCGGACCCAAACUCCAGGAAAUCUGAGUCCUACUUGCAGUGGCACUGGGGGAAGCUUCCUCAGGUGGUGAAAACUGAGCAUGUGAAGCUGCAGAAGCCAUUACGUGGUAACACAUCAGCCAAUCCUCUUCUUUGGGAAAUAUCACUAUUCCAGAAGUCUAGUUUUGCCACUCUGGCAGACUCUCCUACUGUCCCCCAGGGUACUCAGGGCACUUCUGGUUCUCCUUCGCUUCUGUCUCCACCACCCUUCCAGAAUUUACAUCCUUCAAAUGUAAAAAAGUUCUACAAAUCAAAAAAACUCAAAGCAACCCAGGAUUCACCUGCACUGGACAGUGAGGAGAAAAUGGCUGAAAACACCCAGGGGAUGUGCUCCUCAUCUGAUUUUAUAAUGUCAGCCAAGGGACCCGCAGUUCAGGAGGGCUCUGAUCCCUUUAGAAAGAAAAAAGAGAGCAAGGAUACAUGGAAGAGAAGUCAGCACCUAGAAGGCAGUGAUAUCUACCUUGAAGACUUGCCUUCCCUGAAUACAGCUAAUACUGCCCAUUACUUUCCGCAAAGUGAAAUUAUUCUUGAAGCCAGACGAUGGGGUGAGCCCUGCUGCUCAAAGACAAACCUCUUGCAAGCCACAGUUGCUCGGGACACUAACACUGUUGUGCGGGAUGCUAGCACUGACCACUUGUCUGAGAGUGAGCCGGAGCAGGGGAAUGCCGUAGAGCUUUCUCUGUGUGGUGGAUUGGCUGAAAACCACGACAUCUCACCAGAAAAGUUUAUCAAAUACGCCAUCUCCUACCAGGAUCUCGCUGACAACCCAGGAAUCCUGGAUGACCCCAACCUUGUGGUGAAAAUUGGAAGGAAGCAUUACAACUGGGCUGUAGCUGCCCCAAUGAUCCUGUCCCUACAAGCCUUUCAGAAGAGUUUGCCCAAGAACACCAUUGACAAGCUGGUGAAGGAGAAAAUGUGCAAGAAGAAUGGCAGCUGGUGGUUCUCUUGGGGGCUAAAGGACAUGACACCUGAGGAGGAUGAAGUUCAAGAGAUGUCAUCUACUUCCAGGCAGCAUUCCAUCCAGCAGGAGCAGAAGAUGGAUACUUUAUCUGUUGAGGAUGACUCCCUCAGCAAGUCGGUGACCUUGGAUGACAAUUCUUCUCCACCUCAGAGUCAUGUUCCUGUCUUCAAGAAGUCUCUUCGACUCUCCUCCGAUCAGAUUCGAGAUUUGAACCUGAGGGAGGGAGCCAAUGAUGUGGUGUUUAGUGUGACCACUCAGUACCAGGGCACCUGCCAUUGCCAUGCCAACAUCUACGUGUGGAACUGGUACGACAAGGUGGUGAUCUCAGACAUCGAUGGGACCAUCACCAAGUCUGAUGCUUUGGGUCAAAUUUUGCCCCAGCUGGGGAAGGACUGGACUCAACAUGGCAUCAUCAAGUUGUACCAUCAAAUUCACUUAAAUGGGUACAAAUUCCUUUACUGCUCAGCCCGAUCCAUUGGCAUGGCGGACCUCACUAAGGGCUACUUGAAGUGGGUGAAUGAGCAGGGCUGUGCUCUCCCCAAAGGCCCCCUUCUUUUGACCCCCACCAGCCUCUUCUCUGCUCUUCACAGGGAGGUGAUUGAAAAGAAGCCCGAGUUAUUCAAGAUUGCCUGCCUGACUGACAUCUAUCGCCUAUUCCUGCCCUAUGGAGAACCCUUCUUUGCUGGCUUUGGGAACCGGGCCAGUGACGUCUAUGCUUAUCUUCAUGUAGGGAUACCCAAAUCCCGAAUCUUCACUGUCAACCCCCAAGGAGAGCUCGUUCAGGAACUUAUCAAGAACCACAAGACCACGUAUGACCGGCUCAGGGAGACAGUGGAGCUCAUCUUUCCACCUCUAAAAGUGGGGCCCAGCGUGGAGCUGGUCAAUCCGGAGUAUAGCCAGUUCUGCUUCUGGAGGAAUCCCCUGCUUACCCUUCACCUGCAAGACCUCACGUGCCUGGAUUAGAACCUCUCUGCACCCAUUCUACCCCCCCCACACACAACCAUGCGCGCGUGCACACACACACACACACACACACACACACACACACACAUCCCCUUCUCCUCCCACAAUACACACAUGCUUCCCUA